GGGCGUUCACGCUCUCUGUUGCAGCGGCGCACUGAUGUCCAGCCUGCCGGUGCCUUUACUACCCGACGACAUAUGUGCUGUGAGCGUCACGGGGUGAUUAGUCUGACGGAAGACGUAUCGAUCUGAGGGGCCAGGUUCCCACCAGCAGAGGAGUUCCCCCGGAGCGUCCGAUCUGCCCAACACAGUCAAGUGCCUGGCCAGUAGAGGAGCGGCAAUCCCUUGGAGUGGAGCAAGAGAAGCUUCUCAUUUCCCCUACCUGCCUUCAGAGGUGUCUGAGAGGUAAGCAAAGCGAAGACCUUCCCGCUGCUUGGUCAUAAAUGCCCACGUCAUCGUCAGAGGGGGAGAGAAUCAGUUGAAACCUUCUGAGGAACACAGGAGAGCCACAUGGACACGCUGGAGAACCCGGCCCUGGAGCCCAGGUCCGAACGGAUCGCCCGCUACAAGGCAGAGAGGAGGAGGGAACUGGCGGAACGCUAUGGCAACAUGGAGGAGCUCCCCACCAAGUGGGUGAGGAGAGACGGGGGGGAGGCGCCGGAGCCUUCUCCCCAGACCCACCCUGACAGCCCGCCCCUCCUCACGGACAGAGCCCCCUGCGGGGGGGUGAACGGCCGGGCAGGGGGGGGAGACCCUCCGAGAGUCUCCAACGGCUUUGAGGGAGACGCUUCUGCAGAGGCAACACUCCUCAGAAGGCAACAUUCUUCUGGCUCUGUCAGCAUGUUCAUUAGGGGGGACCCUGUAGCCCCCCUAGGCCCCCCUGGACCCGACGCCCCCCAGCUGCACACUCGGGUGUCGGUGGGCCAGUUGAGGAGCGCACUGUUGCAACAGACCGGGAGUGCAACACAGCCUGAGAACGUUUGCUCAGACGGUGGGCUUGCUACCUCCUCCCUCGACCUCGCUGUCAAGCCCGGCACUGAGGGGGGGCGCCGACGCCCCCGUCGCUAUCUGCCAGGGGUGUCAGGAGGGGGCCGCAAGAACAACGAGCGCUUCAGGACACAGCCAAUCACGGCCAGUGAGAUGCAGGAGAGUGGCGGGCUUCCAGAGGCUGAAGAGGAAGAUAGCUGUAAAGCUGAUGUGAAGACGGAUGACAGGGCCAAAAUGAGUGUGGCAGCCAAGAUGUCUCUGUUUAAAGAGCUGGAGAAGACGGCGGCCCCCGAGGUGUCUUCCUUCCUGAAGCCUCGCUCCGGUAGCGUGUCCCACGAACGCAGGGUGCGUCGCGGAAACGAAAAUCGCUCUCUCACUCAACCAAUCACCUGUGAGGAAAUGGUUGCCAUCAGCAGCCCCAAGGCAGCCUUGUCGGGCCAGGCCUCCCCAGGCCAGGCCCCCCCAGGCCAGGCCCCCCCAGGCCAGGCCGAGCCUGUGGAGGACGAUGAGAGCUGCAAGCUGAGUAUGAGUGAGAAGCUGGCUCUCUUCAACAAGCUGUCCCUACCGGAGGGCCAGGGAGGCGGCCCUGCUGACGCCCCCCCAGAGAGACGCAGGCAGAAGGGGGCUCGCUACCGCACACAGCCCAUCACCGUGGAGGAGCUCCAGAAAGCUCCCAUCCAGCUGCCCCCUCUGCGCCUGUCCCCCCACCUCUCAGACAGGCAGCAGGCCCUGUCCGUCAACCUGAGGCCCAGCGAGGUACGCCAGGCCCGGCACUGGCCUGGGGAGGCCUCCAGGGCAGAUAUAGAGCCUGGCUCAGGAGGACCUGGCACCAGCUCCUUGGAACUCUACUCCCCCCAGAAGUCGCUGUCACGCUGGGACUCUGAGCCUGGUGAGAUCAGAGGAAUCCUGAAGAAGAGUCGCUCUGGAGGACCAGAGUGGAGCAGGGACCGAGGUUUUGACAGCAGCCAAGAGUCCCCCUUCACCCUUGAGCAGAAUGGGGUGGAAGCAGCGGGCAUGGGAGAAGACAGUGGGUCUGGUUAUCGGAGAGAAAAACAUGGGGUGUCUGGGGGCGAUGGAACCCCGCUAUCUGGUGCCCCCUGGAGGCAGAGAGGGAGGAACAGGAGGGAGCCCAUCCCCGCGGCUCCAGUGAGGGCCUGGCCAGAACCUCAGGAGGAGAGGCCCUGCCAGGCGGCUGAGCAGGACUCCUCAGAUGUCUCCAGGGAGGAGGAAGAUGAGGAGAGGAGCAGCCGGAGGAGGAGGGACACCCCACCACGAGGACAUGUUGAGGUGUCUCAGGCAGACGGCUGUGGCCAGGAGACAGGCGGCUGGAGGAGGACGGACGAGAACCAAAUCUCUCACGAUGAGUCCGUCCGACCGCAGAGCUGGGAUCCUGUGUUUUCCUCAGUCUAUCCUAGCAGUACACCUCAGUAUGUCAUGUGUUUCAAUCAGACGACCCAGUCUUUUGAGGCCCAAGAGGUUUCCUCUGCCGUCCAGAGCCAGCCUCGUUCUCAGCCUCAAUGGAGGCAGAAGGUCCGACCAGCAGAGGAGGAGCAGGCCCAACCCCAGGCCCAGGCCCAGGCCCCGCUCCAGGCACAGCCCCAGCCCCAGGCCCAGGCCCAGGCCCAGGCCCAGCCCCAGGCCCCACUCCAGGCACAGGCCCAGGCACAGCCCCAACCCCAGGCCCAGCCCCAGGCCCCACUCCAGGCACAGCCCCAGCCCCAGCUCCAGCCAUCAGUGGCUGAGCGAAGGCGUUCCCUUCAGGAGAGCGAGGAUCAGUGGCAGACCAGAGGAAGAGGGGAAGCUGGACGGAUGACAAAACGAGGUCUGGUCUCUCCUGAACCCGACCGAGAUGACACUCCUCCCUCUCACAUUAAGAGACCCUCUACAGGGGCCACAGCAUGCAAAGGAGCAGAACCCCAGGAACCUUCCCUGGAGGUGACAUCCGAGCAGGCGACUGAAGGGACAGAGGCCAUGCCUCUGGAUGACCAGGGGACACUGGGAGGUUUCUACAGACAGCUGUCACCCCUGUCACCCGCAUCUGCUGCUCUUCCCAGCUCUGGCUCUGAGCCGCAGACCGACCUGAGUGCCCUCUGCCAGACUAACACACCCAUGCUGACUUCAGCGGUGGCGGAGCACAGGCGCUCGGUGCGCCCCUCUCGCAGGACCCAGGGCUCCAGGAACCCGCUGCGAGCCCUGGCCGCCAGGGAGGACCUCAGGCAGGACUUCAUGGGACAGAGAGUGAGCGAAGCGACUGCAGAGACCAACAGGAUACAAGCAGAGAAGAAGGUCAAGAACAACAGCGUGGUAGACUCAGCUCUGGCAGGUCUGGCCAGAACCGAGGUCGCCAAGGUCACCGUUGCCACGGACGCAGUCAACAACAACAGCCCACCAAUCAGCAAUCUUGUGCUCAUUCAGAUAAAAGGCAAGCGACAUGUCCAGGUGCGUGUGGUGGAGCCAACAGUCUGGUCUCUGAACAGUGGAGACUGUUUCCUCCUGGUCACAGCCAGCCACUGCAUCCUGUGGUGUGGAGAGUUUGCCAACACGUCAGAGAAAGCCAAGGCCUCGGAGCUGGCAGCCUCCAUCGUAGCCCUGGGGGAGCUGGGCUGCCAGGCUUCCCAGGUCACCUGCCUGGAGGAGGGGGUCAACACUGAGAAAAGCCAGGCCUCUGACUUCUGGAACAUUCUGGGAGGAAGGACUCAGUACAGAGGAGCGGGCGCCCCUGAGGAGGACGAGCUGUACGAAAGUGGGGUGGUGGAGUCCAACUGUGCGUACAGGCUGGUGGAGAACAGACUGGUGCCUCAUGGGCAGGCCUGGGCAGCUGUGCCCAGUGUCUCGCUGCUGGACUCCAGGGAGGCUCUGGUGUUUGACUUUGGCAGCGAGGUAUACUUGUGGCAGGGCAAGGACGUCUCCCACGGUGACAGGAAGGUAGCUCUGCAAUUGGCCCAGCAGGUGUGGGGCGGAGCCUACGACUACAGAAACUGUAGGGUGAACCCCCUGGACCCCGCCCACUGCAACGCCAACAUACAGCCGUGUGGCGAAGGGCGCCCCGGCUGGGCCCUGUUCGGUCUGGUGUCCGAGGGCAAUGAGACCGUUCUCUUCAGAGAGAAGUUUCUGGACAGGGAGGAGAAGAACAGGUGCAGAGAGGAGCCUGCGCCCCUGGUCCAGGUGACCCAGUCUCUCUCCACUCCUGUGAGUCCUGUGCCUGAGGUAACCAUGAUGCCCACGAUGCCCCCGCACUCAGAUGGUCUGUGUCCCUGUGAUGCCAAGGCCUUGGUGGCAGGUGAGGGUGUGGCGAGGGACACCCUGGCCCACGCUGCCCUGCAGGGGCUGGGUCUCCAGCGGGGACAGGGGAGGGUCACCCUGGAGGACGGGCGGCAAGGGGAGCUGUGCACGGUCGCCGUGGAUACCUGGCACAUCCAGGAGGGUGGGGACUGUGAGGUCGCCAUGGAGAGCCCAGGGCAGCUGCAUGAGGGAGACGCCUAUCUGGUCCGCUGGACCUACACCAUCAACAGCACAGUGGGACAGGGAGACAGCCCAGGUGAUCCUGACAAGGAAGUCUCCGCCCUUUUCUUCUGGCGAGGCCGGCACUCCAGUGUCAGUGGGUGGGGCAUGUCUGCUCUUACGACCCACCACAAGGGGGCGCAGUGAAAAGGGUCUGGGGGAUGACAGUGGUGCCAAGAAGAAGAAGAAGAGACAGAGAAAGAAAAAGGACAAGUCUGGAGUCCAAGAGGCAGCACAGGAUCCCCUAGCCAAGGU